AACAGCAGGAUGAUGGCAUGGGUGGUUUAUUAACAUUUGAAGUUGAACACGAGGAGCUGAAAGAAACUGUGAGGAAGAUGGUAACUACUGCUGGUUCAGCUGUUGAUCAGAAACUACGGCUUAUUGAUGCUUUGCAGCAUUUGGGGGUGAGCUACCACUUUGAGAGCGAGAUUGAAGACGAGUUGCUUAACAUGUCGUCGACUACUGAUCUGCUUUCUGACUCGAAUGACCUCAACUCGAUCGCGAUUUGGUUCCGCCUUCUUAGACAACAAGGUCUACAUGCUUCUGCUGAUAUAUUCGGAAAAUUCAAGGAGGGCGAGGGCAAUUUCAAGGUGUCGUUGGCCUCUGAUGUGCCAUCUCUACUGAGCUUGUACGAAGCUUGUUUUCUGGCCAUACCAGGAGAAGAUAUUUUGGACCAAGCGUUGGCCUUCGCUACGCAACACCUUGGCUCUGGGAAUAAGAUAAUGAAUCCCAAUUUGGUGGAAGAAGUAAGGUUUGCACUGCUAAGGCCAAUCCGAAAGCGCUUGCCCAGGCUGGAGGCUAGGCGUUACAUCGACACUUUUAACAUGGAUGACCAUCAGUCAUCCAAAGAAAAUUCUGCAUCGUUGUUGAGGUUUGCCCAGUUGGAUUUCAAUAUCGUGCAACGCCUGCAUCAGGAAGAACUCCGUGAAAUCCAGCAGUGGUGGGUAGAUUUGGACGUGGCGACCAACUUCAAAUACGCGAGAGAUAGAAUUGCGGAGUGCUACCUGUGGGUAAUGGGGAUGUAUUUUGAGCCCAAGUAUAGCCAAGGCAGGAGGCUACUGACCAAGUUGAUAGCGGUCAUGUCUCUUGGGGACGAUACUUACGAUAACUAUGCUACAUAUGAAGAACUCGUUCCCUUCACCGAGGCCAUUGAAAGGUGGGACAUCAAUCUCGUGAGUAACCUCCCAGAAUGCAUGCAGAGGCUUUAUGCGUUGUAUCGCGAUAGUUUCGACGAGAUUGAAGAGGCAUUCGCUGCAGACGGAAGGCCAUUUGCUAUAGUUUACGCGAAAAAGGCCCUAGACACACUGCUGAAGGCGUACCUAAUGGAGGCCAAGUGGAGGGACGAGGGUUAUCGGCCGAAGCUAGAAGAGUGCAUGCAAGUUUCAUUGGUGACCACUUGCUUUACAUUCCUCACCAUUGUUUCAUUCCUAGCCGUGCCCGAAGCUGCAACAGAGGACACCUUUCACUGGAUCUCCACCGACCCUACUGUGCUCGUGGCCUCCAAAACCGUCUGUAGGUUAAUGAACGACAUUGUCUCCCACAAGUUUGAGCAAGAAAGGAAGCAUGUCCCGUCCGCCGUAGAAUGUUACGUGGACAAGACGGGGCUGUCGGAAGAGAAGGUAGUGGAACUGCUUAAUGAAGAGGUUGCCAAGGCGUGGAAGGACAUAAACGAAGAGUACCUGAUGAUGAACAGGCAGCCAAAUGUGGUGGCGGCUAAGCCGCCUAUCCUCGAUCGGAUGCUUAAUCUUGCGAGGGUUAUAGAUUUGAUCUAUAAGGAAGAUGAUGGCUACAGAAACUCUCAUCUGCUGAAACACUAUGUUGUCUCCGUUCUCCAGGAACCUGUCUCCCUCGGUGUUUAGUACGUACUGGAGAAAACGCCAUCAUUCAGUGGUAGCAUCUACUGUGUUUAUUUAAUUGUUGUGUGUUUA